AUGUCCGAUGCGUCGUAUCCCAGAAAGAAUCGUCUGUCGACGUUUCUGCGCGCCGAUGUCCAGCCCAAGUAUACGGACUGGCUGCUGCUGGCCUGCUGCUUCACGUCAGGGAUAGUGGACAGCACGAUAUACAAUGCAUACAACACCUUCGUCUCCAUGCAAACCGGAAACACAAUCUUCGUCGGGCUGGGCGCCUCAAACCAAAACCCGCGUCCAUACGGCUGGGCGCGCUCCCUGACCUCCAUCGGGUGCUUCAUCCUAGGCUCAUUCAUCUUCGCGCGCCUCAACCGCCUCCUGGGCCCCAAGAAGCGCGGCACCCUGAUCCUCUCGUUCCUGCUGCAAGUGGCCAUGCUGAUCCUGACGGCCGCGCUGGUCACGGGCGGCGCGAUCGCAGGCAUCCCCGAGAACCCGUACUCGACCAGCGAGGCGGAGACCGAGUGGACGCAGGAAGUACCCAUCGUGCUGCUGAGCAUUCAGUCGGCGGGACAGAUCGUGGCAAGUCGUGCGUUGGGGUUCAAUGAGAUCCCCACCGUCGUGAUUACGAGUCUCUUGUGUGAUCUGAUGUCUGAUCCGAAGCUGUUUCUGCUACGGAAUGAGAAACGGGAUCGCAGGGUCAUGGCGUUUGUGUUGACGAUGGUGGGCGCGAUUGCGGGCGGUUGGAUCACCAAAGGCACGGGCGAUAUCUACGCGGCGUUGUGGAUUGCAGCCGGGAUUAAGUUGGGGAUUGCGGCGGCUUGGGUGUUUUGGGGUGUAGAGUUGGCUGCUUGA